AUGGCUUUGAUGAGAGAGUUUUUCACUGUGGCUUUUGCAUACUCAGAUCUAGUUGAAGCACCACCUUGGGACUGCAAGAUUCUAAGUUUGGCUUCUUUGGAGAAACAAGGAACUGCAGCACUUGGACUAUUGUCAUUUCAGUUGAUGUUCGAAAACAGUUUCGUGGAUGAACAGAACAGAGUUCCGAGAUUUGUGGUAGUUUCAGCACUUGAGAGGUUUGUUCGGGUCAAUCUUCCAUUGAGGAAUAGAUAUGGACGAUCAAAUAUGGUGAAGGCUUCAAGAGAUGUGACAAUUUGGAAUCCAGAACUUAAGAGACACAUACUUAUUGUGAGAGUUACAAACAGUUUUGACAUCGCCAUCAAUGCUUAA